CGCUUUAUGCAGCGCCGUUCCUUCAGGGUUUAUUUUGGUGGAACACAUCGUUUUGAAGGCUUGGCGGUAGAAAUGGAGGACGCGGAGAAGGAGCCCGAUUACAGGGUGAACGUUAAGUCCAAGAAAGUCGUUCUUCAGCAGAUUGCGAGGUAUAAGAGUUUGCUCAAAAAGCUGCUCGAUGGUCAGUCUCAGCUCUGCGAGGACGACAAGGAAAAGCUGUGCCAGGAAAUGCUGACGAAUUUUGAAAUUGUAGUGCAAGAAAACAUCAUUGUUGAUGGUUUACCGUGGGAGGAGGCAGCAGAAGAGGAUGGGGACGAUUGUGAGUUCGGUGCACUGGAUGACAUGCUGGAUGAGAAGAUUGUACAGACCACCAGGAAACGCAGCAUUUACCCAAAGAAGAUCCUUCCAUAUGUUGUGCGGUCAUUGAAGGCUGAGCGGAAACUCAUGGGUUUGUUUGAAAACACAGUUAAGCCGCAAGAAGUGAAACGAGAUCCUGCGCAAGACACCUUCAUGAGCAAAGUGUCUGCGGCUGCGCCCGAGAUGUUCAGUCAAGCAUCUUUAGUCAUUAAGUCACUGAAAACGCUGAAGCAGACAGCAGAGGGUCUCCAUCAGGUGCUGAACAUGCAGCCCUCAGCCGAGACCGUGGAGGUCUACAGGGACGUGUUUGGCAGCUCUAAUGGUGAAGGCUGCCCGGGCCUGUGCAACAAGGCGCCUGUCCGCAGACAGACCAUCAGAAGAGCUGCAUCUGAGACAGAAUACAGCAUGGACUACAUCCCUCUGGCCAAGAUUCCAGCCACAUCUGCUGAAGACUAAAUCAGGCAUGUCUGUGUGUGUUAAUUCCCAAGGACUGAAUGUAGCGUAAAAAAACAAAAUAGCUUUUCAUUUAGAGAAUCAGUGUUUAUUCCGUUUCCUAAAACUGUACGAAUAUCUUAAACUCUUUAAAAAUGUCAGUGGAUUAAAAAGUUUUCUGAACUCAA